AUGGCGAAAACAACAGCUGCAUAUGCGAUCUCACUCUAUUAUUCCCUAACAACAUUCUUAACCCUCCUACUAAACUUAGUGUCACUUGCGAACUCCGGUGGACUAAAAAUCACAACAUUGAUCCAUCAAAACUCGCCAUAUUUCUACCCCAACCUCUCAAGUGAAGAAACAGUAAAGCGUUUGGUACUAUUCCAAUCCCAUUCAAGCGGCAAUAUGCAAUCUCGAACACCCACAUCACGAACACCACCCACAUCCCAAAGAACACCACCCAGAAUGCGAACACCACUCACACCCACAUCGCGAACACCACCCACGCCGCAAACAACACCCAUAUCAGCUCACAUAGACGUGCAGACUUAUCACUACAUCGUGAAAGUUGGGAUCGGCACUAUCCCAUCCACUAAUCCUCCGUACAAGGAAUACCACCUACAGAUGGACACUGGAAGCUCCACAGUCUGGAUGCAAUGCCAGGGCUGCACAAAAUGCUUCGACCAAACUCCACCCCUUUUUUUUCCCUACACAACAUCCCAAUCCUUUGCCACCACUGGCGGAAGAACCGACUUUCCCGAGCCCUUCAAUCUCACAUACACAGACAAAUCAACUACCUCCGGCAUUCUCGCCCACGAAACAUUCCAUCUCAAGUCGAAAUCAGGCAACGUGAUGAAAAUCCCCCGCGUCCUUUUCGGGUGCGGCAUUGUAAACAAUAAUAUGAAUUUUCCGAAAGUCAAUGGUCACAACCGAAUUGUUGGGGUCAUGGGGCUCGGUUGGGACUCCCCUUUUCUUACUUCUGUAAAUCGAAAAUUCUUCUACUACCUCCUGCCACUUCCCCUGACGACUUUCCAAUCCUAUCUAACUUUAGGGAACACUGUGCCUACUCCCUCAGUGAAAAUCGGGAGGACCCCACUUCAAAGAAGAGCGGGCACUAAAUUUUAUUCCCUCGACAUGCAAGGAAUAAGCCUCAACAACAAAAGGCUCAACAUAAACGCUAACGAGUUCAGGCUUAACAUAGGCACUACUAUCGACACGGGUUGUCCGGUGACGAGACUCGUGUCGCGCGUGUUCGAUGUUCUGAAACGGGACGUCGAGGCGUAUUUCCUGCAGAGGUUGAAGUGGUUCAAGAAAAUGAAUGUGAGUUACGGUGCUUUGGAGUUGUGCUAUGAGUCGAGCAUGAUGUCUCAGGGGUUUAAGAGUCUAUCGGAUAUUACGUUUCAUCUCGCCAGUUCAAAUGCAGAGUUCGUGAUGAAGCCGCAGGCGACAUCUAAGGUGAUUGGGGUGCAGCGUUUGGGCAAGCCAAGCGAGAACGUUUGUCUGGCGAUGAUUAAGGAUCCCAUGAUGACCAUCAUUGGGGCUAAUUCACAGACCAAUCAAAAAAUUGUCAUUGAUACAAAUAAGAGAGAGAUGCUUUUCAAUCUGCAGGACUAA